AUGAAUAUUGAAUAAAUUUUGGAGAAACAAGAAAAUGCAAUCAUCGAGAGUGGGUCUCUCUUGCUUCCCGCCUUUUCCUUCUGGUAACAAACUAACCAUGAUUUGGAGCACUACUUCUAUCUCACUAGGAGUCUCACGUCUCUCUGUCACAGUCCAUUCAAAAAAGACAUGACCAUAAUUACACAAUUAUGCGAACGGACUUGUGAUAAGGACAAACAACCAACCCACAUGUAUGAUUUUGUCGAUGUGGAAACUAUGCAUAAACAACUCGAAUUCGAAUCAGUUUGCUCCUACAAAUAUUUCAGAAAUCAUCCAACCACAUUUAGAGUUGGAACACAUUAAGAUAUAUUUGAUAAUCUGUUCUUCCAAAAAUUCAACAAUGCCACCCUCAUCUUUGAAGACGGACAUGAUUUACCGCUCAAAUUAGAGAAGGCAAUGAGUGCAUCGUUUAGUUCUCAUACCAUAUCAUAAAUGAUCAAAGCACUCUUUAGUCCUUAAAAACCCACUCCAAAAUGGGAUUAACAAAUGAGUAGCAAACUAAAAUUACUCACUAAAUAAUUUCAGCCCAACAAUAACUUUCAAGUUUGUACUCUCACUCAAUAAUAAUAUGACAUUUUAAUGCCAAUCAUAGCAUUUGGAAAUAGAAUAGUCCAAUACACAUAAACUCUCAACAACCAAAAGGAUGAAUUUAUUAUAGAAUCCAAUAAGAUUGCCUCCAUAGUCACGCAAUGCACCUAAAAAAUCCCAGAUUCAGAAUUCUUUUCUUAGUUACAACAAUACUUUGUUAAAUCCAGUGGUACCUUUAAAUAAUCUAAAUAUCCUUCCAUUGAUUCUUCAAAUUAUGAGUAAUACCUGGAUGACAUUUUCAAAAUACCAUAAAGGCAUUUAUUCCAACAAUGGUACAUUUUCAUUAAAUAAACAUUUGAAUUACAAGACUCAAAUGAACAAGAAUUAAUAAGUCAACAAUAAUAGUUCAACAUACUUGUUUCAACCAAUGACAAAGUAUCAGUGGAUAAAUCUAUCUAAGCUACAGAACAACAGAAUUAUAGAGAUUAUAAAUUAGUGCUCUUCACAGAUGCUAUUUAAAACUCCUACAACUUGAAUCUCUUAUGCUUGAGUCCUCUUUGUGGUAUGAACAAGUUGUUAAGUAAUGGAGUUUAGAAUAUUGUUAUCAUCACUUAACACUCGUAUCCUGCCAAACUGUUUAAGACUGAAUUUAAUAUCAAUUUUUAAUUUUACCCUCAAAUCCCAGUCCAGGAAUUGAAAAUCAAUCAAACUCUCAUCAGUAAAGUCCAAAAUUACAACAUUGACUAUUUAAAUAAAACUGAGUAGAAUUUCGAUGCUAUGAUACUUGAGAUCGGUAAAUAAUUUUAAUAAGUCAAUUAUCAAAUAAAUGACCAUGGAUUCAUUACUCUUUUUUCUUCCAAAUCCUUUAUGCAAAAAUGCUAGGAUAUUUGGAGUCAACAUUCCAUACUCUCAUCCCUUGGAGUAAAUAAAGAAUUCCAAUGGAUCAAAUACUAAAAUAAGAAGAGCAUCUACGAGAUCAUUCGUCUUUUUCUAACCAAAUGCAGAUCCAAUGCAAUAGUUGGCGAUACAAUGCCUUCCAUCUAUACAGUGUUUAAUGAUCUAUUUUUGGAUCAAUUGUAGGAGGCUAUCUAAAAAUAAUUAGAUUAUCAACUCAAGCAUCCUUAAACCCUGAAAAAUUAAACUCAAAUAACAGUGUUUUUAUUGGGAGUACCCUGGGCGAGUUAAUUUAUGUACUAUUAGGAGAAUGGACAUGAAUAAUUGCCGUAAGUGCAAUUAAACUUGAAGUUAGAAUGGUUAAAGAGCUUAAAAAAUAAUUAUGAUAGGAAAUAUUUUAGUAUGGUAAAUGCAAUCAGAAAUAUCUCAAGAUUAUAACAUAUUCUUGAUCCCUUGUGUCCCUGUAAUUUGAUCGUCUUAGAUGAAAAGUUCCAAUAGAAAUUAUUGUGGAAGGAUCAGAACUUUCCCAACGUUUUAAGUUUCCCCGAUGUUAUCAACGAAUUAAAGAAAUAAGUUUCAGCUUUAGUAAGAUCAGAGAACUUAAAUGAGAAUAGAAAAGACACGUAAAAAAUAGAGAACAAAAAAUGUCAAACUUUCAAGCUUCACUUCAAAUAGCCAGUCCAAAUCCAAACGUCAAAGAGGAAAAUAAUGUUAAAUAAAACCUUGUUGGGAGACUUAUACAACCCGUAGAAGAAAUCUCUUCCAGUCGAAUAAUAGUGUGAAAAGAUAACUAUUGAGUAAUUGAUUGGGCAGACGGAAUCCAAGGAUGUGAAUAAAAGUGAUAAUCAAGUUGAAGUGGAGGAAUUGAAAUGUGUCAUCUGUUGGUCAAAUACUCCAGAUAAAACUAUGUGUAAAUCUGAGAAAUGUGGUCAUGUGGCAUGCCAGGACUGUUGGAAAUAAUGGUUAUAAACAAAAUUGGAGUGUCCCUUAUGUAGAGCCAGAGUCAGAGAAAAGUUUCUAAUAGUAAUUUGA